CCACAGCCCGCGGCUCGGCGCAGCCUGAGAGGAAACAAAGUGCUGAGGACCGGAGACUCCGCGGCGGCGGCGCGCACCCUUCUCGGUCACCCUCGCCUCGCAUCUUCCCGCGCGCGUGUGUCUGUGUGUGUGUUCUCUUACAAAGGACAUUUUACGAUCGGUUGAUUGAUUCGCAGUCCUCCUGCUUUGCCCUUUGUGCUGUAGCCCCGUUCCCGCCAUCCCAGGUGCUUCUCCGCUCCUCCCGUUGCCGGCCUCUGCGUGCGAGCGCAGGUCGCCGGUUUGUGCCUUCGGUCCCCGUUUCGUCCUAGGGCUGCCCGCGGCCUCGCCGCCCCACUCCCCGCCGCCCGCCAUGGCGACCGCGACCCCCGUUCCGCCGCGGACCGGCAGCCGCACUGGCGGCCCCUCCACGCCGCUGAGCCCCACGCGGCUGUCGCGGCUGCAGGAGAAGGAGGAGCUGCGCGAGCUCAACGACCGGCUGGCGGUGUACAUCGACAAGGUGCGCAGCCUGGAGACGGAGAACAGCGCGUUGCAGCUGCAGGUGACAGAGCGAGAGGAGGUGCGCGGCCGCGAGCUCACCGGCCUCAAGGCGCUCUACGAGACCGAGCUGGCCGACGCGCGACGCGCGCUGGACGACACGGCCCGCGAGCGCGCCAAGCUGCAGAUCGAGCUGGGCAAGUUCAAGGCCGAGCACGACCAGCUGCUUCUCAACUACGCUAAGAAAGAAUCUGAUCUUAAUGGAGCCCAGAUCAAGCUUCGAGAAUAUGAAGCAGCACUGAAUUCUAAAGAUGCAGCUCUUGCUACAGCACUUGGUGACAAAAAAAGUUUGGAGGGGGAUUUGGAGGAUCUGAAGGAUCAAAUUGCCCAGUUGGAAGCCUCCUUAGCUGCUGCCAAAAAACAGUUAGCAGAUGAAACUUUACUUAAAGUGGAUUUGGAGAACCGUUGUCAGAGCCUUACUGAGGACUUAGAAUUUCGUAAAAACAUGUAUGAAGAGGAGAUUAAUGAGACCAGAAGGAAGCAUGAAACGCGCUUGGUCGAGGUGGAUUCUGGGCGUCAGAUUGAGUACGAGUACAAGCUGGCUCAGGCUCUUCAUGAGAUGAGGGAGCAACAUGAUGCCCAAGUGAGACUGUACAAGGAAGAGCUCGAGCAGACCUACCAUGCCAAACUUGAGAAUGCCAGACUGUCCUCAGAGAUGAAUACUUCUACUGUCAAUAGCGCCAGGGAAGAACUGAUGGAAAGUCGUAUGAGAAUUGAGAGCCUUUCAUCUCAGCUUUCUAAUCUACAGAAAGAGUCUAGAGCAUGCUUGGAAAGGAUUCAAGAGUUAGAGGACCUGCUUGCUAAAGAAAGAGACAACUCUCGUCGCCUGCUGUCUGACAAAGAGAGAGAGAUGGCAGAAAUCAGGGAUCAGAUGCAGCAACAGCUGAAUGACUAUGAACAACUUCUUGAUGUGAAGUUGGCCCUGGACAUGGAAAUCAGCGCUUAUAGGAAGCUCUUAGAAGGUGAAGAAGAGAGGUUGAAGCUCUCUCCGAGCCCUUCUUCCCGUGUGACAGUAUCCCGAGCAUCCUCAAGUCGCAGUGUGCGGACAACCAGAGGAAAGCGGAAGAGAGUGGAUGUAGAGGAAUCAGAAGCCAGUAGUAGCGUGAGCAUCUCUCACUCCGCCUCCGCCACUGGGAACGUUUGCAUCGAGGAGAUAGAUGUCGAUGGGAAAUUCAUCCGCUUGAAGAACACUUCUGAGCAGGAUCAACCAAUGGGAGGAUGGGAGAUGAUCAGAAAAAUAGGAGACACAUCAGUCAGUUACAAAUAUACCUCCAGAUAUGUGCUGAAGGCAGGCCAGACUGUUACAAUUUGGGCUGCAAAUGCCGGUGUCACAGCCAGUCCUCCCACUGACCUCAUCUGGAAGAACCAGAACUCUUGGGGCACUGGUGAAGAUGUGAAGGUUAUUUUAAGAAAUUCUCAGGGCGAGGAGGUUGCUCAAAGAAGUACAGUCUUUAAAACAACCAUACCUGAAGAGGAAGAGGAGGAGGAAGAAGCAGUUGGAGUGGUUGCUGAGGAAGAACUUUUCCACCAGCAGGGAGCCUCAAGAGCAUCCAAUAGAAGUUGUGCAAUUAUGUAAACUUCUCAAAUCAACUGUCUUCCUCAAAACAAAGAAGUAUGGUAAUCCUUACCUAUAUACAGUGCAGAGCCUUCUCAGAAGCACAGAAUAUUUUUAUAUUUCCUUUAUGUGAAUUUUUAAGCUGCGAAUCUGAUGGCCUUAAUUUCCUUUUUGACACUGAAAGUUUUGUAAAAGAAAUCAUCCAUACAGGUUGUUGCAAGAUGUGAAUUAUUGACACUGAAUUAACUGUGUACUGUUUAGAAAGGGUUCCUCAAAUUCCUUGACCUUUUUUUUGUGUAUGUAUAGUUUUGUUUUGUUUUUUUUUUAAUUUCUUAUGAGAAGGGAGGGGAGGGUAAUAAACCACUGUGUCUUCGCGUGAUUGGAAGAUUGCUGCAUCUAGAUUAGCAAUCUGCUCUUGAUUAUUCUCCAUUAUAUAUAAAAUGGUGCUGUGGGGGGGCAUUUUUCAAUAUAUUGAACUUUUGUACUGAAUGUUUUUAUAAUAAGCAAUCAAGGUUACAAAUUUUUUUUACAUAGACAAGAACUUUUUAAAGAAGGCAAUAUUAACCUAAUCAUCAUGUAAGCACUCUGGAUGAAGGAUUCCGCAAAACUUUGUUUUAUGGUAACUUCUUUUAGAUUCUAAUUCAUGAGGUCAGUUAUGGGAGGGAGGUGGGGGGGAAGGGUUCGCUAUUAAAAUGCAUUAGUUGAGUUUUUAAGAUAGUGUAACUUGCUUAAAUUUCUUAUGUGACAUUAACAAAUAAAAAGCUGUUUUAAUAUU